UCAACAUCUACCACUGGAACAACUACCAAACCAACAACUACUCCAGUAGUUACAUCUGGAUCAACUACAACAUCAGUUGUCCUUACCCCAACCACAGAGUGUUUCUGCAUAAUAAAUGGAACACAUUAUAGACCAGGUGCAACGAUAUUUGAAAAUAAGCACAUUGGCUCAGGUAUAUGUUUGACCAUGAUCUGUAAUGAUAGUUGUGUAAUACACAACACAACAGGAGUAUGCCCAACAACAAAACCUCCAGUGACGCCAACAACAAAACCUCCAGUGACAACAACAAAACUUCCAGGGAAAAUUUGCGAAGAAUGGGGAGUAACUGAAAACGAGACAUUUACGAUCUGUAACUGCACAAUGGCCAGGUGCAUUGAAAACAAUACGAUUGAGAUUAUCCCAUAUGAAUGUAAACCUCUUGAAAACAUCACUUGUUCAAAUGGCAAAAAACCUGUGGAGGUGUAUGAUGAGUACUACUGCUGUAAAGAACGUGCUUGUGACUGCUUUUGUGAAGGCUGGGGUGAUCCUCACUAUAUAACAUUUGAUGGACUGUUCUAUAGUCAUCAAGGAGCAUGCACGUAUGUUUUAAUGGAAGAAAUCAGGCCUAAACACCACUUGACAAUUUACAUUGAUAAUGUCAAUUGUGACCCCGAAGAGUCUGUGUCCUGCCCGAGAUCUAUCAUUGUGUCCUACAACAAUCUAAUGAUCACACUGAAAAACCACGACCUUAUAGGAGCUGCCAAGCUGGAGGCUUUAUUAGAGCAGUCUGCUCUGACAUUACCAUUUACUAGAAAUGGUGUGACCGUGGUGACCUCAGGGUUGAACUUAAUCCUAAGGAUUCCACGUCUGGGGGUUGUUGUGAUGUUUGGAGUCACUGGUUUCAGUGUUGAACUGCCAUUCCAGCAUUUUGGGAACAACACUCAAGGACACUGUGGUACCUGCAACAACAUCAAGGAAGAUGACUGCAUGCUACCAGGUGGAAAACUUGUAGAUAGCUGUGCAGUAAUGGCAGACUACUGGCAAGCUAAAGACCUGAACAUAAACACAGAAUGCAAACAACCACCAACAGAGAGGCCAGUAAAGCCAUGUCCAAUCAACACAGUGUGUGAGCUUAUGAAGAGCGAAGUGUUUAGCGAGUGUCAUCCCCACGUCUCCCCUGAAAACUUCUUAACUGGCUGCCAGUUUGACAGUUGUCAUAUGACCAACCCAGCUGUAGUCUGCACCAGUCUUUGGACCUAUGCAAGAGUUUGCUCAGAGUAUGGUAUCUGCAUAAACUGGAGGAACCACACUGAUCUAUGCGCUCCCGAUUGUCCAGCAGACAAAGUGUACCAAGCCUGUGGACCUCCUGACCCUCCAACCUGCAAAGACACGCCUGGAGACAAUAUUCUGAACAUGACUACUGAGGGUUGUUUCUGUCCUGAUGGCACGCGGCUCUUCAGUAAGGAGUCAGACGUGUGUGUUGACAAAUGUGGAUGCUUGGACCCCUCUGGUCAAGGACGAGAGUUUGGAGAAAAGUUCCAGUAUGGUUGCCAGGAUUGUGUCUGUGAUAAGGCAUCUGCAUCCAUCAAGUGUAAACCAAGGCAGUGUUCAAACAACCAAGUGACUUGCAGCGAGCCAGGAUUUAUUGUGGUCAAUGCGACAGAUCCGUCAGAUGCCUGUUGCACUAUUCUUACCUGCCGCUGUGAGAGCAGCACCUGUCCCAGUGUAAAGAAUUGGUGUACAAUCGGCUUCGCUCCUGUAGCCAAAGUGCCUGAAGGGAAAUGCUGCCCUGAAUUCACAUGCGAGCCAAAGAAUGUCUGUGUACAUAAAGGACUGGAGUACGAGCCUGGUACUUCAAUCCCUGUGGUUGACUGCCAGAAUUGUAGCUGCACCCAUGAUUUGGAUCCGAAUACACAACUGCGUAAGGUCCGCUGUGGCCUAGUGAUGUGCAAUGAGAAGUGUAAACCAGGAUAUAAGUAUGUGGAAUCAAACACUGCUGAAUGCUGUGGAAAAUGCGUACAGAUCAAAUGUGUCCUUAACUACAACGGCACAACACACGUCUUGGAGAGUGGAAAAGAAUGGACUCCAUUACACAGUCCCUGUGAAACGUUCACCUGCACAAAGACUAAUGGAGAAUAUCUGGUUACUAAGUACAAUAUCCACUGCCCACCAUUCAACCUCAGCGAUUGCCAGCCUGGUACUGUGCUGCUUUCUGCUAACCGUUGCUGCAAAGAAUGUGUGCCGAAGGACACUGGAUGUAAAGUUCAGACCACUUUUGAUCACAUCAUUCACAACAACUGCUGGUCAAAGGUCAAGGUGGAACAAACACACUGUCAGGGACACUGUAACAGCUAUAGCAAGUACAGUGAUUUGGGCUCUUCAACUUGUAGCUGUUGCCAAGCGAGCCGCACCAGUAACCGUACAGUGAGUCUGGACUGCCAGAAUGGACAUUCAGUAACCCACACCUACUUCCAUGUGGAGGCGUGCAGCUGUGACCAGACUAAAUGUCUAAGCAGUGUCCAGGACACACAAACUCACAAAGGACAUACUCGCAAGAGACGUAGCUUCAGACAGCCCUAAGGAUGUGUUCUGUGACAACAAUGUCAUAGAAACAACAGUCACAAAGAACCUAUACUGCAUUUUUCUCUCAGAUAUUUAGAAAAGAUUUCAAGUAGCUUUAUCAUGAUUAUUUUCAAAGGCGUCUUUUAAAGGACCAGAUUGCCUUGCUUUUAAUUCAGAAAUACAUAUAGCUGUUUAAACAAAGUGCAAUUUAAGUGCAAUUUGUGUUUGCUCACUUGUGAUCAAUAAGACUAUUUAAUAAAAAGAAAUAGCAUAUAAAACGCUUAUUGUCUGAGAAC